ACCGGGUGCGCACAUCUCUUGUUAUUCUUUAAUUCCGGCUUGUCCUUAACGAACCCUCAGAGAGUAGGCACAUAGAGAAGCACUUGCCCUCUUUUCGAGCCCUUCUACGUCCUUUUUUCUCAUUCACCAAGCAUGCAAGUUCUGUGAUAGUGAUAGCAAAAGCUUUUCUAUUUCUUUAUCUCCUUUCAUUCCGGCCUGGGUCGCACACGGGCCGCCUUCCCAAUACACGAGAUCAGCACACACAGCCGGAGGUGUCGGAACGCUGCGGCUCUGCUUCAACGGAGAAUCGAGGCGGUUGGUGCGCGAUUAAAAAGCUCGCGGUCGCUCCACGACACAAGUGCGGUCACCCUGCGAGGGUGCGAGUCACAUUCGACCGGAAGAAUCUCCCUCCGCAUCGUCAAGCCCCGAAGAGCCGAGGAUAUUACUCCCAAAAUCAACGAAUGGGAUCGUGCUACGGUUAUACUCGCGACCAAUGUAGGUCAGAGGGUGAAUCCAACAGCAGCAACUGCAACGUUGUACCAGCGACACAUCGGAGAGUCGAACUACCCGGAUUUUAUCACGGAAGUGGUCGUCCACCACGAGGAAGCGACGCGUGGCUUCGCCUCCCUCGUGAGCGUCGCAGCUGCGCAUAGUCCGCACACUCCAACGAGGUGACACUCGCCGAGGAUAGCCCAACGCACGCUCCGGUCAGCGGUGUAGUACGUGCAAAAUAGCCAGAGCGAGAAGCACCGCGCUGCGGGACGGCCUCAACUACGGGGGACCACCUUCGAAACACCCUUAAAUGUUGCAGUCCAGUUUCGAGCCUCCGUCGUACCGCGCCUCACGAGCUUACGCCGAUUCAUAAACCCCGCGCAUCCUUACGACACCCUUCCGAAAAGGGAACUAAUUUUCAAGGCACUAAUUCGAAAGGAUCCGCCAGGAUAAAUCUCAAAGGCCCGUCGAUGCUAGUGACUAACAAGUGGCGGUUUUUUGACAGCAGUCGUCGCUGAGCUAACCACUCGAAACGCUCGUCAGUGGAGACGAUUCCUUUCGGAAUGUCCGAGCCUGGAUGAAGGAGCACUCUCGUUCUGGACCUUCCUCCGCGCCAUGCCCGGCAAGCCAGGAAUAAUGAUAUUCCAUAUGGAAUCCACUCUCGUUUCAUUCCCUCUCUGAAACGAAGGAGACCCCGCCGGACAGUUUGCACGGGAAAACAACUCACUUUUUUUCCUUCUCUUUCACACAACUCUUUCGUUGCUUGUUUGAAUUAUGAUACACGUUUCCUCGGAAAACUCGCAGAGAUACGAUCGUGUCAAGCGGAAGGGUGUCGCUUUUCUCGCUAGUUUAUUCAGGACCAAGAGAUUCGUCGUUGGAAUGAAAAUGGAAGAGGACGACGAUAUGGAGCGCGGAGCCAGGGUCGAAACUCCCGCUCUGGUGACGAAUAUCUGUCGUCGAAGUGGUCACGAGAUAGAGAAUUCGGUAUCGAGGAUUCCCUCAACUCUGAGUGUGACAGCGGUCGAUGUUGUAGUGGCUUCGGCGCCCUGUCAUCCGUCACCCUCGCACUCGAUCCUCACACUCACUCCGGGAAGGACUCGAAACAUUGAUCAGGAUAUGGAGGCGCUCAGACUGAGUCGUCAGGACAACCCUUUUUUGCAGGUUUUGGCCAGUCGAGAGAGUCUCGUCGAAUCCAUCGAGGAAUCCGAAUCUGACGACGCUAUUUUGAUGUCCCAGGAACUGGGCGACGCUGAUCCCUUGACCCUGGCUCAGGUUCACGAGCACCUGGUCCGCAGUCCACCUCCGGCUUCGUGGCCGCAUACGCCGGUCUUUCAUUUCCCUCAUCGAAACCCAGCGUCGGGGAAGGUCGAGAGCAUCGUUGGUGGUGGUUCGCACUACAAAAGUCCCUCGAAGAGCCCCGUGCAUCGUGGCCCAGCGGAUAACGAGUUGUCCAGGAGUGAGCCCUCGACCGACAUCAGAGACAGACACACCCACACAUUCUCGCUGCUGAAUCCGACGCCGAUCCGAACGCUAUCGGAGGUUCGACGGCUCCACAGAUCGGCGGACGACAGCGUCCAGCUCAUGUCAUCCGAGUAAGUUAUCCGUUUCCUCGAAGGAACGAACGACCAAUCCCGCUCGGGGAUUUCAGGAAUAACGAUGAAUUUUUUGAAAAUGGGAAAACGGGAGCGUCCGCCGCCCCUUUCAAGCUCACUCGUUUUUUCCACUCGCACUUUUCCGCGAUCGUAGCAAUCGGGGACGCGGAGUCGGAAAUCGAGCAAUUUUCCUUUUCUCUUGAAGCGAUAAGCAGAGUCGAGAAAGCCCCGUUGGGCCCUCCGAUUUUGAAAAUCGGUGCCGAAAAAACAGCCUCGUUUCUUGAAACGAUCGACUCGAGAGAUUCCGGGGGAUACCGCGAAGCUAAGAAACGAUCAGUUCCUCGACGACAGGACGUCACGGAUUGGGGAUCAUGACAGACGAAGAUAAAUAUUUAUCGAAUUUUGGUGAGCAGAUCAAAGAAAAAAUGAACUUGGACGAACUUUACUGAACGACCGGAAGUGUAGCUCGGAUGCAAAUUACGGUUGCAACUGUUGCAAAAGAGUCUCGUAGGUAAACCAGAUUCGAGUAGUUUUUAAGCACGAGAACAACCAAAAAAGCUAUGCACCAUGAAUAACGAUAAAAAACUCUCGUAGUUAUCGAAUUGUGAUUUUGCAAUAACUCAGGCAAUUUACAACAAUUAUCCAUUAAAACCUCAUGACGUUUGGCAUACGCACACUUUUUAUUCAUAUUUUAUCUUCAAUUUUGCAAUAACCUCUCCGUAUAGACAAGCCUUAAACUUUUACACGUCACACUGAUGCAGAAAAACAAACUAAACGCACUUCAGAACGAACGAUAUUUUUCUACAAUUAGCCCAACGAGACGUGGAGUCGAAUGAACGAACGUCAAUAAAUAAUCGCGCAAAUCCUUUUCAGUCGUCAUUUUUCUCUGCGUGAUUCACUCGACUCUUGAGAUCUUUCCCGAAAAUCUCAAAUAUUUAUCCUCAGAAAGCUUCCCCGGAUAAUAUUUCGGUUCGGAAUAUUCCGAAAAAUAAUUUUCGAUUUUUCGGGGACGAGUUUUACGAGUCAGAUUUUUCGUUACCGUUUGCGAAUAACUACUGCGAUCUGUGCGUCCUCGAUCUCUGCAAUUUUCCACCUUUGUGAGCAAAGUUCUUCGCAAUUAUUUGUCGACACUACUGUGAUCGAAGAUGGAAGAAUAAAAUUUCAAAUGAAUAAAAUCAGACCGUAAAAUUGCUUUUUGUGGUUGUUUUCGAGAUCAAAAUUCUUCAAAUUUCAUUAAAAAUUCACCGCCAUUGCCAGGCUAAACGGAAUCGCAAUGGUUAUCCAAACGCUCUACCUUGUGGGCAGCUGAAAAAGUAUAUUAACGCAAAGAAAAUAAUUUGAAAAACAGGAAACUCUUUUUCCACAGGCCUUAGAAAUGACCCAUUCUUAACGGUUACAAAUGAAGCAUUUCACGUAAAAGUUGGCUUCUAGAAUACAGAUUUUUUCAGUUAUUUUAACAACAAGUUUUCAAUAUUUUUCUUCAACGUAGAAAAUACGUGCGCGUUCCUAACCUUGUCAAUUCGUUUUCCAACAAUGACAGAGUAUCAUUUCGUGACGGAUGCAAAGAUCGCCUUUUUUGACGCGAUUUUGAUAUUUUUUGUGAAGGAAAAAGAAGAAAAUAUUUUUUCCCAUUCGAGCUCCAUAAAAAUCGAAGAAAAACAGAAAACGACUAAUUUGGGGACUUGUGCGCCCAAAUUUUGAUGGACGAAACACAUUACCGGAUUCCGGGAGGGUAACUUGAACGUGAAAUGCAGCAGACGGAGCCUAAUCAAUAAAUCGUACUAAUUAGCGACUGACAGUCAAUAGCUACAGAUAUUAAUUGACGACGUGCUGACUGAAAGAACAAUUUUGCAUUUCGUUAGAUUAAAAUAAGCCAAAAAACGUGAGGUAGACCGGCCUUAAUGCAGUUCGCAUGGACGGGCGUGUUCGAACGAAACGGUGGAAAUAAAUUAUUCGAGGGAAUUAAAAUCCCAAUGAAAACUCGUUGAUUAACAAUCAAUCGAUUCAACUGUUGAAAAAUUGUGUAUUUUAUUCAGUUUUAAAUCAUUAAAAAAGAGUAUUAAUAUUUAAAAAAAAUAAAAUAAAAACGAAAAUGGCCUUUCUCAGAAAAAAAUACUCCAAAUUAAAUGCCACGCUAAACGAUGCAAAUUUUCGACUUUUUUUUUAACGUAGUUCCAAAAAAUUAUCUGACGAAUAAAUAAAAAAGAGUGACGAAUUCGAGUUUAUCUUGGGAAAACGUGAAAACAAGGCUUUUUCGAAAUCCUCCAUGAUGCCUGCAGAAUUCGUUGCACCAAUCACUCGCCUCUUGGCAUUUAUCCUACUGUAUAAUACAUUAAUAUAUCUCUGUAAUUAAAGUACGUGGCUGAAAUAGCCGAAGCUUGUUUUUCCGAAGGUUUUGAAGCGAUGCUUCGAAAAGUGAAAAUUUGAAUAAGCCAAGGGUCGGGAGGGGGGAUGGCAGUUGCUCGAGUGUGUUUAAUUAAUUCAAAGAUUCAAAUGGCUUCGUGCAAGAAAUGAUGGUAUCAUGAGUUCUCUGUGUACACGAUGAGCGUCCUCGUCAAAGUAUAUUUUAGCAUAUUAAAUUAAUUUUAUUCAAUGCAUAAAGUAUUAUAUUUUCGGUGUAAAAGUAUGUAAAACUACUUUUUCAGAUAGGAAAAAGUUUGAACAACAUUAAUCAAUUAGUUUUGUAGGGCAGUGCGAAAGAAAUCAAUAGAAUUUGUCGAAGAAUAAUGGCUAUUGAAUUUCUGAGUAAACGAAAAAAAAGUGAUUGUUAAUCCCCCCCCGUCACGCUGUAAUGUCAUAGAAAAAAACUUCUUCGAAGCACAAACAACUUUGCCUGAAUAUUCGCAUGAUAAAAACGAGGUUAAAUACUCCCUGGAACUGAAAUCCGGAGGAUUAAAAUCCUGCGACGUUUUCGUAAUGGAACUCUUUACCAGUUGGCAGUGCCUGCAAUUUGUGUGCAGUAAAUAUGGAAAUAUCCUGGAUUCGGAAGAGUUAUGUUAACGAGUGAGAUAAAAGAACGAGAAGAAUGAAAUUUUCGUUGUAUCGUAACGGUGCAAACCUCAAUAUCGAAGAGCAUUUCGGUUCCUCGCAUUAAAAUGUUCGCUAUCGCUUCAAUUCAUUAGUCAUAAACUAUAAAGGAAAUUGGCUCCUUUGAAAAAAGGAGUGAAAGCAAGAUAAGAUGCUGGUCUAUUGAGGAGCAACCCUUCGAAUUGCCCAGUCAAGAAAAUUCAUGAUACUCAGUAAUAUCAGAUUUAGAAUCGUGUACAUGUCAUCUCACAACAUCAAUGUUAUUCGUUUUGUUUUAUUAGAAGAAAAUGAAGAAAUUGUACUUAUGCAUUUACCACCUGCGUGCGUGUAUGUAUAUAAUUGUGUGUUUGAGAGAGAAAUUUACCGAUUAUAUACUCGAGCUCGGGUGCACCAAUUAGCAGGGUUUAUACAAGAAAACAAAAUCACGUAGGAAAUAAGCGAUAAAAGAAUAUAAACGUUGUAAAGGCGUAGAGGAAAAUACAAUCGGAGAAAGAACGAUGAAAAAUUGUAGAAAAUUUUUAGAGUCCAUUGACUUGCCAUUGAGAAUUGAGAUUGAUUAUAUUACAUGAUAUAUGAAUGAUCUUUUAUGUAUACAUCGCCGUACCUAUAUUGCACCCGUGGACACCGCACUGGUGCAAAUUUGCACUGACGAAAAUUCCAAGUGUCUAGAACUUCAAAAUGCCUUUCUUCAAUUUGCCCAUUUUUCUAUAAUAAAACAUGAUUUAUCAAUUUUUUAAAUGCUUGCAGUCGAUUACCGAGGAAUUUUUACCCCUAAAAAGUCUCGUUGUAAGAUCAAUUCCAUACAUUGAUGGAUGAAAUAAAAACGUUUUGAAAAGUCCAAGUGCAAAUUUGCAGCAGUGAGGUGAGUGGUGAGUGUGUAACCUCAGGUGGUGUCUACGGGUUAACGUUGAAACGAAUUUUAUUAGGAAAUUUCAUUUUGAAAAAACAACAAUAACAACAACAACAAAAGGGUUCGUGGAGAUAAAAUUGUACGAGAGUUCAUUUAGAUUAGACAAGAAUUUGGCUGUAUUGAGUAUUGUACAGAAAUCGUGUUACAAUCAAUUCUUAAGCUCUGAAACGCUAUAUUUGUUUCAGGGCUCGAAGAUGAAUGAAAAUAUUGGAAAAAUUGUAUGCUUUGUUGAGAUCUUUCCAACGAGAGAAAGAAAAAUCUUGAUUUCUUUUCACGUUUAAGAUAAAACCGCAUCAACGAUCAAUGGCAUCCUCGGUUUCUGGUUUCUGCUGGAUCUAUUGAGGUAGUUAAAAAAAAUAUUCGUUUUCGUCUGCGAAUUAUUAAUAUAUUUUAGGAUUUUUUGCACGUCAAUUUUAAUGAUUAAAAAAGUGCUUUCAAAUUUUCGCGACCCUCAAAUUAUCCAUUCAGAAAAUCACGAACUUUCGAGGUCAUCCGAGUCGACGAUUCCUCCUUCCUCCCAAUACAUUUUGCUGGAGAUACGAAACUCUUUUCUUUUUGCCACCUCAAUAGAUAACGAACGUAAUUUGUCUCACUGUUGGGGUCGAGUACUAACGAAUAAUCGGCCUAUAUAUACAAAUAUUUCGACACAGAAUAGCGCCUAAUGUAAUCGUACUGAGACGAGUGCAUAAUAACUACGAAACUCUCGAUAUACACUGAGAAUAAAAAUGACAUUGUAGACCAGUCGAAGAAAGUGUAAAACCGAUGCAAAGUUUCGUCGUUUCUCACCGAAUAAUCGGCCACUCGUUAGCACUUUGUCAAUUCCUUGCUAUUUCUCUUGCCAUUUCAGUUUUAUUUCUCAGUGUAUACUAACAGAGUGCAAUAGUUGCGGAAAUAAAGAAAAAGCUCUAACAGUAUUCUGUGCAUAGUUAUCGUCACUAAGGAUCGAUGUUACAUCGACGUUAUAAAUACGAAUUGCAAACUGCUUCCGUACCGUCUCAACGAGAUUUUGGAUCGAUCUUCAACAGCACUUAAUGUAUUUACCUGUUUUUUGUUUCGUUAUUUUAUAAUUAAUUGAGAAAAGAACUAUGAUUGUUACUUAUUUAAAUUGUUUUUGAAUUUGAAACAAUGAGAAGAACGAAAUAAAGUCUAUUUGUGUUACUGUG